UCACAACACGUGUGAAGCCACGCUGGGGAGAAAUUACGCACCGGUGCGCACUACGCGUCAGUCCACUCCAAACAGAACAACUUUGAAUAGCUUAGCAAAUAUAGUUUUCACAAUUAAGACACCUAGUAGAGAGGUUGUGUUCAUUGUUCCGUUCAAGUACGAGAAUUUAUGUUAUGUUGUAUGCUAUAGAUGGCGCGAAAAGGUAUCGGUGUUAAAAUAUUUCGCUAAAAACGAAAUGGACGCUUAGCUGGAGUGGUAGGGAAACCUUUCUGUGGUCCUGGCCGGAUUAACAAAUAUAUGUGUCAUGUCGGAGAUAAAUAAUUCAGCGGAGCCUGACAUUCACGCUGAAAGUGAGGAAUGUCCUCCGGAAGAUUCAUUUGGGUUUGGAGAUGAUCUGGAGAUAAAUCAGUUCGAUGGCUUGCCCUUUUCCUCACGUUACUACAAAUUACUAAAAGAGAGGAAGACUCUGCCAGUCUGGAAUGUCAGGUGUGAGUUUGAAGAUGCUCUGGCAAACAACCAACUGGUUAUUGUGUCUGGGACAGCAAAGACUGGGAGGAGUACACAGAUCCCUCAGUGGUGUGCACAGUUCUGUCUGACUGCACAGUACCAGCACGGCAUGGUUGUGUGCACACAGACCAACAGACAGCAGGCUGUAGAUCUGGCCUUACGUGUGGCUGAUGAAAUGGACGUCAACAUAGGCCACGAAGUGGGCUACACAAUCCCUCUGGAGACCUGCUGCUCCUCCGACACUGUUUUGAGGUACUGCACUGAUGACAUGCUGCUGAGAGAGAUGAUGUCAGACCCUUUUCUGGAGCACUACGGGGUCAUUAUCAUUGAUCAGGCCCACGAGAGGACAGUUAGCACAGACAUACUGCUGGGUCUCCUCAAGGACAUCCUGCUGCAGAGGCAUGAGCUUAGAGUAGUGGUCCUCACCAUCCCACCCAUGACCGACAAGCUGCUGAGCCACUACGGCAGCAUCCCGCUCAUCGGUCUGGAGGUCUCGUGUCCUGCUGAGGUGGUGCACAGCAACAGCGGCAACAAAGACUCCUUCUAUUCAGCACUGAGACUGGUGCUGGAGAUCCAUCGAACCAAAGAGGAGGGAGAUGUUGUAGUGUUUUUUGCCUCGGCUGAGGACGUUCAUUGUGCCUACAGCAUUCUCCGGAGAGAGGGCACCAGGCUGGGUGCGGAGCUGGGCCAGAUGGUUUCUGUGGUCCUGUGCCCAGGCAAGGGAGGGUUACUGCCUGUCCUGACUGAGCAACCAGGCUCCAAGAGGUCCAGGAGGGUUUUCCUCUCUACCCAACAGGGGGAGGAUAUGUGGUGGCCUACAGAGUCUGUCAACUUUGUCAUUGACACAGGAGUCCAGAAAAAGAUGGUGUACAAUCCAAGAAUAAGAGCUAACUCGGAGGUACUUCAACCUGUCAGUCAAUGUCAGGCAGACCUACGCAAGCAGCUGUCUGGACCAACCGGUAAAUGUUUCUGCCUGUAUCCAGAAGAUACCCAGCUUCCUGUAGAGAAAUCCCCACAGAUCUUGGAGUCCAACAUCACACCAACAGUCCUUUUCCUGAAAAGGAUGGAGAUAGCCGGCCUUGCACAGUGCGAUUUCAUCGACAGACCAGAUCCCGAGGGUCUCAUGCAGGCAUUGGAGGAGCUGGAUUACCUCGCAGCUUUAGAUGAUGAUGGCAACUUGUCUGAGAUUGGCAUUAUAAUGUCUGAAAUCCCUCUGGACCCUCAGACGGCCAAAGCGCUGGUUGCAUCCUGCGAGUUUGACUGUGUGAGUGAGAUGCUGACGAUCGCAGCAAUGCUGUCAGCGCCAUGUUGCUUCCUGGAGCCACCUGCUGGCAUGACCCACGAGGCAGUCCAGUGUCUAAGAAAGUUCCAGCACCCUGAAGGCGAUCACUUCACCCUCAUAAACAUCUACAAUGCCUUCAAACAAAGCCAGAAAGACCAAUACUUCAGUGCUGAAAAGUGGUCCCAGGACUAUUUCCUGGAUCAUUCCGCCCUGAAGGCAGCUGAGGUCAUUAGAUCAGAGUUGACUGAGACUCUGAACAGGAUCGAGCUUCCCAUCUCCGAGCCCUCCUUUGGAACCAAGACCAACACCCACAACAUUAAAAGAGCUCUGUUGGCUGGGUUCUUCAUGCAGAUUGCUCGAGAUGUUGACGGAUCAGGAAACUACUUCAUUCUGACACACAAGCACAUGGCCCAGGUGCACCCGCUGUCCGGCUACGGUGCUCAGUCACACAAGCUGGGGCUGCCAGAGUGGGUUGUUUUCCACGAGUACACCCUUUCAAAGAACAACUGCAUGAGAACAGUCUCUGAAAUUUCCCCUGAAGUGUACAUUCAAAUGGCACCACUGUACUUUUUCUACAAUCUGCCACCUAGUGAAAGCAAAGACAUACUGCAAGACAUGUUGGACCCAGAUGGAUCCAGAAAAUGUAAAGACGAGAAACAAAAAGCCAUCGCAAUCAGCAGCAACGCCAACAGUAGUGCUGCAGCGGUGCCACAGUCUUACGACAGAUGUGUGAUUCAAUGAUGCAAAAUCAUAAAUAUCAAAAUCUAGGCUAUCACCAAAUGCAUUUAUGCUUGCAUAACGUUUAGUCAAAGCAAAUCAGGGGCUGUAAUAACAUUCAGUUGCUUAAAAGUUGUUCCGAUACUGACAUGUGCAUGAGAAAGAAUGUUUACUCCAUCAUUAUCACAUUUUCAGAAGGUGAAGGUGCUGUCUAAUGAAUUGAAAUGCUGCAAAAUGUAGUAAAUCAUGAACACCUUUUUAUUAGUUGUGGUCAAAUACAACAGUUGUGCCAGCAUGUUUUUUGUCUUAAGUGCUUGCAUCUGAAUAAGUUUUCGUGUUUCUCACCUUUCCCCCCAGCUCUGCUCUCCCCUUCAACACUGUCUGGAAAUGCGAAUAUCCUGACGGUUGUUUAGAUUGUUAGACUUUAAUGAGCUGCAGAUGGUGUUGUCAGUUGGGGGGGGGGGGACAUCCCAUCACGCCUCUAGUGCGCAUAACAGACACUGUGCAUGUACAAGCUGCAAUAGUAGUAAUUUGUCAUCUACUUUCCCUUUCUUAUGCAAAGCUGUCCUUCUUCAGAGGUGUUGGUAUAGCUUUCUCUUCAGGUUAACAUGGUUUGGAAGGUUUUGAGACUGAAACAUAAUAUUCUGCCAGCUUAAGAAAGCAAACAAUUGUCAAGGCAUGCAGAUGGAUAUAACACAUUUAUAAAUGAUUAACAAGGAUUAUCCUGUUUACACAAAUGUCUACAGUAUGUUCGAAUUGAUGUCAAUAAUCCAGAUGACAAUGUUAUUUAUACCAAGUUAUGUUUAAAAAGAUCUGGAUCUAUCAAUUUUAAAAGCAUUAAUGUAAUUUUACUUGAUGGCAAAUGACCCCCCUGCCCCCCGCCCGCUGAGACUGGGCUAGCGCACAUAUCAGCUGUUGUCAUGAACACAAAUAACUUAUACAAUUGUGUCUUGGUUCAUAAUCUUGUCAUGAACAAAAGCCAUUUUUAUUAAAACAUGACUUAGU